CCAUCUAGCCGUAGGAACCUGAUGGAGACUGUGCUUCUAUUAUCAGUAGAAAAGUACUGCUCAACACCGUUCCCUGGAGAUACCCUUUGUCUUCAUUUGAGAGAUCCAGGGAGACUUAGUAGCUGGAAAACCCAAGUAAUCUGAAGCUAGGCAGUGAUACUCCAGAGGACUUACCUAAUGCCGCAAAACAAGUCAGUAAAAAUAUAAAUGUGCUAUGUCUCAGUCCUGGGGACAAGCAUUCCCUCUCAAAUAUUUAAAGCAAGCUAAAUGGGAGAGUGGAAGUGAAAGCAUUUAUAUGAUGCUUUUGACCGUCAAGAAUUACUAUUGUAAAUCCUGUGUGCUUCAUCUUUCUCUUCCCUCAGGAGGCAAGUAUCUCAACAUCUGCCAGGAGACAGGAUACUUUACUCUGAAGUAACUGGUAAACAAGUGUGAAGCAUGAGGAUCAACUCUGCAAUUCAGGCUGCUAUUGACCUCACAGCGGGAGCUGCAGGUGGGACAGCAUGCGUGGUGACUGGCCAGCCCUUUGACACUGCAAAGGUGAAGAUGCAGACGUUCCCCGACAUGUACAAAGGAAUUGUUGACUGUUUUGUGAAAACCUAUAAGCAAGUGGGGUUGCGAGGCUUCUACAAGGGAACCACACCAGCACUCGUAGCUAACAUCGCAGAGAACUCCGUCCUGUUCAUGUGCUAUGGAUUUUGCCAACAAAUUGUGAGGAAAAUUGUUGGAGUAGACAGAAAAACAAAGCUCAGUGAUCUGCAGAACGCCGCUGCGGGCUCCUUUGCCUCUGCCUUUGCCACCCUUGUCCUCUGCCCAACAGAGCUGGUGAAGUGCCGGCUGCAGGCCAUGCAUGAAAUGCAGUUAUCAGGAAAGAUAAUCCAGGGACACAAUACAGUUUGGUCAGUAGUGAAGGGUGUUAUUCAAAAGGAUGGUCCCCUUGGAUUUUACCGUGGUCUGUCAAGCACUUUGCUGCGGGAAGUCCCAGGCUAUUUCUUCUUUUUUGGAGGAUAUGAACUGAGCCGGACCUUCUUCGCCUCUGGGAGAUCAAAAGAUGAAUUAGGUCCCAUUCCUUUGCUACUAAGUGGAGGUUUUGGAGGCAGCUGUCUGUGGAUUGCUGUGUAUCCUGUGGACUGUGUUAAAUCUAGAAUUCAGGUUCUUUCAAUGGCUGGAAAACAGGCAGGCUUUAUGGGAACAUUUGUAACUGUUGUGAGAACUGAAGGUGUACUUGCCUUGUAUUCUGGACUAAAGCCAACUAUGAUCCGAGCAUUCCUGGCCAAUGGGGCACUGUUCCUUGCCUAUGAGUACAGCCGGAAACUUAUGAUGAAACAAAUAGAUUCUUACUGAUGCCCACUAGCAGGUGGAGAACAAAAGGUCAUUUAAGGAUGACUCAAAUAAAUGAUCAAAACCAUUUAGAUCAUAUCAUGGUCUGAGCAGGGCCAAAUCAGUGACCCUAAUUUUAGGAACUCAACUCCUCUUUAGGAUUUGUAACUUUUUUAAUUCACAUGAUUUUAUAGAGAUGUGUACAUGAUGCUUGAAUUGGACCAUCAGAACUAUCUCCAUCUUCCAGAUUCUGCACUAGCCACACUGCAUGUCAAAUGUAUUUUCCUGAUCUGUAAUGGUGCUAAAAAGAGUUAUGUUGACUGGUUAGGGUUUAAUGUAACAUGCAGCAGUAGACUGAUUUGUUUGAGACAAAGCACUAUUUUAAAACCCAUGCUGUGGUGAUGAACUUUCCCUGUUGUUGCUGGCAAGUGUCUGACUCAAAAUAAUCAGUUUGUCUAAUCUGACUUAUACAUAUCCCUCAGCUAGACCCCUGUCCUCCAGCUCCCUUCUGCUUUGUGACUUUCCAAGGUCAUGGCAAUGGGUGUCUGACGUGUGUAGGAAGUGCUCACCCACUACCUUAUAUGACUUAGAGCUGAGAUAUGCCUGCAUUUGAGACUAAAACAUAUGGUUACUGGGUUUAAAGAGUCCAUGCAGUAUUUUAUUAUUCUCUAAACCAUCUGACAAGUGCUAGAGUGCACUAAACACUUAAUGUAAAGGAGGGUGCUGGAAAUAGCUGCUGGCUGCAGCUUUGCACAGCCUCUUGUUUGGGUCACCUUGGCAGGAGUGAGUCCAAGUGCUUGAAGGACAGGAAGCUGAAGAGGAGUAGAAAGCCAGAACAGAGUUCUUAAAGACAACUGACACCAUGGUCCAUGGAGCGUAGCAUGCACUUACUCGGGCUGGAGUACUGCCACUUGCUGUGUCUGUUCAGCUGAGUGGAAAAAGCUCAUGUGACUGGAUAGUUCAUAGCACCUUCAGGCCUGGAGGGCAUGCCUGCUUCGUCAUGUUACUUGAUUAAACAUGCAGUUAGUCAGUAUUAUCCAAAAUGACUCAAUAACACCUAUUUCUAGAUGCCCCUUGUACUUUUAAAGUAGGAUGUUCUUUAUAGAAGCAUACACUGCCUUGUAAGAAGCAGCUACUGCCUGUCCUGGGAGAAGGCAAAGCAGGUCUCAGUACAGAACAACUCAUGACUCAGGCCCGGAUCCGUACAGAGGAAUGUUGUCUACAUGCUGUAAGUGACAACCACCCACCCUUCUCAGGGGCACAGACAGGAUGUCCUCUGGGGUUAGCGGAGGUCUUUUACCCACCACAAUCAUCAGAGAUACAUAGCAAUUAGCAACUUGUCACAGCAACUACAUCUUGUGAGUGACUUAACAACAGUCAGAGCUGGAACAGCUCAGUUUUGCCUGUUGCAGCUUCCAUUUCAGACCCCAGACACAGGAAAAUGCUUUAGGCAUACGUGAAAGCAUCUCGGUACCUGCAGCCUCUUGCAGUACACUUAUACUGCCUAUUCCACUGUACUAUUUGAUGAAAGGUGGUUGCUGCAGUUCCACAAACUCUUCACGUACAGGAAAUGUUCAUCUCCCUUUCAUACACCAUGAGAAAAAGCAGUUAAAGCAGGGUGUGGCUGAAGAGCCUUCAGCAUCUGGUGCACCAUUUUACCUUCACUGAGCAGUACGCUAGGGGCAGUAAUACCAUGCCUAGUCAGUACUUUGAAAGGAAUUUAUGCCAAAUGUUUAAUUCAGGUACAAGGGUGAGGCUUUAGAGUUAUUAGACUUCCCCUUCUUUUGAGAAUUGUCUACCCAAGAAAAACAGUAUAUUUGUAUUUGUUUGUAAUAGUUAUGAAAAGGUAAAGACUGACUUCACAUCAGUGGAGUAAUUCAAUCUAUUUCUUAGAUUUGUCUUUGCUUUCAUUUUUUAAAGCUGAUUGUUGCUGUUUUUAAUACAAAAGUUGAAGCUUCAAGAGAAGCAGGAUAUUUAGAACUGAACCUACAGCAAGGAGCUGGUGGCUGAAACAGACGUGCACUUUGAGUUUACCUUCUGAAGUUGAUGUAAGCAGUAAUUUUUCCAUUCACAACUGCUUAAGCUGUACAUGUACCAGUUGUUCAGCUCAGGACAUUAUAUGUUGGUAUGAGAAUUCAUGGGAAUAAAGUCCGAUUUGAUUAAUUGAGU